CAUUGUUAUCUCUUUUCCUCAACACUUGUCACUUUCCUUCUGCAAUUUUCUCUUCUAAUCUUCUUCUACAUUUUUUUUUUGAUUUGUUUUCUUCCAUUUUAUUUAAUUUUGCACCAUGACUGGAGGCAAAGAAAUCAUCGACAAAAUUAAGGAAAAGGUUGGCUUAAGUUCAUCUGAUACCGGAAGAGGUAAGAGUAAGAUGUCGAAGAACAUAACCCAUGGGUAUCACAUGGUUGAGGGAAAAUCGCAUCAUACCAUGGAAGACUAUGUUUUUGCACAAUUUAAACAAGUUGAUGAAAAUGAACUUGGUUUAUUUGCAAUAUUUGAUGGCCAUUUAAGCCACGAGAUUCCUGAGUACCUCCGCUCUCACCUAUUCAAUAAUAUUCUGAACGAGCCUAACUUCUGGGCUGAACCGGAGUCUGCAAUCAGGAAAGCCUACCGCAUAACUGAUACAACUAUCUUGGAUAAGGCUGCUGAUUUGGGGAAAGGAGGAUCCACUGCUGUUACAGCCAUAUUGAUUAAUGGUCAGAAACUAGUUGUAGCUAAUGUCGGAGAUUCUCGUGCUGUUAUUUACAAAAAUGGAGUAGCCAAGCAGCUGUCCAUUGAUCAUGAGCCUGGCAGAGAGAGGGAGAUCAUCGAGGGCAAAGGUGGUUUCGUGUCCAAUUUUCCAGGUGACGUUCCUCGGGUUGAUGGGCAGUUAGCAGUAGCAAGAGCAUUUGGCGACAAGAGCUUGAAGAUGCAUCUAAGUUCAGAGCCAGAUGUAGUGGUAGAGCUCAUAGAUGAUGAUACAGAGUUUCUCAUUUUGGCUAGUGACGGCGUGUGGAAGGUACUGUCAAAUCAGGAAGCUGCAGAUUGCAUUAAAGAUAUUAAGGAUGCGCGGUCAGCUGCUAAGCAUCUCAAUGAACAUGCUCUUGCAAGAGGAAGUACCGAUGAUAUAUCCUGCGUAGUCGUAAGGUUCCAAUAAUCUUCUCUCUGUGCACUUGGUAGAUGAUGAAACGUGUGCGUAGAGUUUGUUUGAAAUGUAAAAUCUGAACUAGUUCUUGCUUUUGUCAAUUGUCAUGUUACUGCAUAAACGUUUAAGUUCCAACAUCUGGAGCUGUUUGCACACAAACUUCAAAUAAACGGAAUGUUGUUUGCUAGGAUAA